ACGGUCUGGAGUUGGACGGAGCAGUGGCCUCUCCAGUCGCGCUGGAACACUCAGCCGAGCGGUACACCGUUGUUACGUUCUGUUCGGACGGCACGUGCCCCAGGGGUCUACACGCCGCCGGUAAAAAUAAAUCCCUCCGAUCGGUGUUCGACCCAGGUGCUGGCGGGGCGUGCACAGGUGCGCGGCGCCGCUCAGCCCCGGCCCCCGGUCGGUGGAUCUGGGACAGCCGAGAGCCGCGGAGUGUCGGCGGAAAACUGGCCGAGGAUCGAGGGAGUGAGUGCGGCACAGGUGUGGAGCAGAGGUGAACAAAGGGCGGCCGAUCUGCCGGCGUGUGAGCGGGUGAGGAGACACGGUCCGCGCCAGCAGCGGCGGAUUGUGGGAGGUUGUGCGAGUGUCGGAGGGCGUCACUGACGAGGAGCACUGGAUAAAAGACAGACAUCCGUUGGUCCAGAGGACGGUGCAGACAAUGUGUCGACUAUGGGUUCUGGCGCUCUGCUGUCUGUCUGUGGUCUCCACAGUCUCCGCGGUGGACGCCAUAGUCGGCGCGCUGCUGAUGCCCACGGACCCAGAGCAGCUGCUGAAGGAGCAGGCGCUGCGGAACGCCCAGUACGCCGUCAACCACAACAGUAACCGCUCCACCACCGUCAACAUCACCGUGGAGCGACUGGGUGACGGAGAGCAGAGCUUCACCACCUCCAGACGAGUGUGUCAGCUAUUCGAGAAGGGCGUGGUGGCCAUCCUGGGCCCCAGCUCGGACCUCCUCUCCGACCACGUGCGCUCCAUGUGCGACCACAAGUCGGUGCCGCUGCUGGAGACGAGGUGGAGCCCCGCCUCCCGGCGACCGCAGGCUUCCAUCAACCUCCACCCGCACACGGGCACUCUCAGUAAGGCCGUAGCCGACAUUCUGCGCCUCAGCGGCUGGCGCAAUGUCUCCGUGGUCUACGAAGAUAACCAGUCGCUGAUCAGCGUUCAGGAUGCGCUGAAGCUCACCAUGGGCAACGACUCCAUCCGAAUCACCGUGAAGCAGCUGCCUCCAUACGGAGACUAUCGUCACAUGCUGCGCAAACUGCGGGACGAAGGUGCAGUCAACUUUCUGGUCGCCUGCAGCAGAGAUAACGUGCUGAAGUUCCUGAAGCACGCCCAGAUGGUUGGGAUGAUCAUCCAAAAAUACUCGUACUUCAUUACGUCUCUGGACCUGCACACGCUGCCCCUGGAGGACUUCCUCUACAGCGGGAGCAACAUCACCGGCCUGCGGCUGGUGCGGCCGACGGCGGCGGUGGCUCCAGGAUCCUUAUACCUGCCGCCGUCCGCCGAACUCACCACGGAGGCCGCCCUGACCUGGGACGCCGUCGAGCUGCUGGCCAGAGCGCUGGACAGCCUCUACGGCUCCGGCGGGCCGGGCAGCUUCAACGUCAGCAGAGAGCCGCUGGACUGUGGCACCCAGAGCGCCUGGAAGCACGGAGAGACGCUCAUCAAUUACCUGCUGCAGGUUCAGUUUGAUGGUCUGACGGGACACGUUUCGUUCGACUCGGGCGGACUGAGGCGCUCGUUUCAAUUGGACAUCAUCCAGCUCCAGGAGCCCGCACUGGUAAAGAUUGGAUCGUGGUCGCCAAGCGGCAUAGAGACCAUGAACUUCGACCUGGCAGAGAUCAUCAACAGGAAAAAUCAAACCAUCAUCGUCACCACAGUCAUGAAGCCGCCAUACACGAUGCUCAAGCCAUCCUCGGACCAGAAGCACGGAAACGACCGCUACACGGGGAUCUGUGUGGAGCUGAUGGACAGGCUCGCCGAGAUCCACAACUUCAACUACACGCUGAUCGUCAACCCGGAGGGCACCGCCGGGAAGCCGGACAGCGAGGGCCGCUGGAACGGCAUGAUCGGAGACCUCCUCAGCGGGAAAGCGCAUCUUGCCAUCGCUGACCUGACAAUAACGGCUACGAGAGGGAAGGCCAUCAACUUCACCACCCAGUGGAUGAGUCUAGGUAUCAGCAUGGUGUACACCAAGCCCUCCAAGCAGCCGCCGUCGCUGUUCUCGUUUCUGGCGCCCUUCUCCAAGGAGGUGUGGGCCUACAUGGGCAUGGCCAUGGUGGGCGUGUCGCUGCUCAUGUUCGUCCUCGCCAGAUUCAGUCCUUACGAGUGGCAGAACCCGCACCCCUGCGACGACGAGCCCGAGGAGCUCGAGAACAUUCUAACCACGCGCAACAGCUUCUGGUUUGCCAUUGGUUCGCUCAUGCAGCAGGGGUCCGAUAUUGCGCCCAAGGCCAUGUCGACCCGCAUGAUUGCCGGCAUCUGGUGGGGCUUCACACUCAUCAUGAUCUCCUCCUACACGGCCAACUUGGCCGCCUUCCUCACCAUCGAGACGCGGUACUCGCCCAUCGAGAGCGUCGGCGACCUGGUGAAGCCGCGCAACAAACACAUCAAGUACGGGCUCUACGAGAAGGGCUCCACGGCCGACUUUUUCAAGCGCUCCAAGGUGGAGCCCUACAUGGAGAUGUGGGAAGUGAUGAACAGCACAGAGGAGUUCCGAGCCAGCGACGAGGACGGCAUCAACAGCGUCAUCAAGGCCAACGGCAAGUUCGCCUACUUCAUGGAGUCGUCGUCGAUCGAGUACUACGUAGCGCGCCGCUGUCAGCUGACCCAGGUCGGCGGUCUGCUCGACAACAAGGGCUACGGCAUCGGCGUCGGACCCCAGUCGCCGAUCCAGGCCUCUGACCUGAGCGUCACCAUCAUCCAGCUGCAGGAGGAGGGCUACCUCUCCAAGCUGAAGCACAAGUGGUGGAAGGGAGAGACCGGGGGAGUCAACUGCGACGCCAAGGAGAGCACCGCCACGGCCCCGCUGUCGCUGAAGAACGUGGGCGGCGUGUUCGUGUGUCUGGUGCUCGGUCUCUGUGUGGCCACCAUGGUCAGUAUAGCCGAGUUUGUGCUGGAGGCCUACAAAACCAGCCGGGAAGAACGGGUGCCUCUGCUGACGGAGAUCAGCCGCGAGCUGCAGUUUGUGUUCCAGUUCCGCGGCAACACCAAACCAGUCAAACGGCCCGUGACCAGCUCCGCCGACACGGAACAGGAGGGUUUCAUCCCCUUCAGCACCGAAAGCUCGCUGCAGUACGCGCCCACCGGGUAUGGAUUCUCAGCGGUCAUGACCUGAGCUGACCCGACGGUCACGGCUGACUUCGGGGUCAACAUAGCGGUCAUAUGACCUGAGCUUACCCGAAGGUAACAGCUGGCCCCGGGUCACUACAUACAGAGGUCACCCGGGAUCACCUUAUCGGUCACAACUGACCUGAGGUCACCAUAGCGGUCACAGUGAGCCUGAGGUCGCUAAAGCCUUCAAAACUAACCUGAGGUCACCAUAGCGGUCACGGUUAAUGAGGUCACCAGAGGUCACAGCCGGACGCGUGAUCAUCGAGUGCCUUUGGUAGUGCUGAUGAUGCGAGAAACUCGUAGUUUUAUGAAGCGGUGAAAACGCCUCGAGGCGACAGUCUGAGGCGAGUGAAAACAAUUUAAUCAUUGCGUGUGAUGAGGGUGUGAUCCGGUGAGGGUGUGGUCGUUUUGUAACUCUGGUCACAAUAUGUUUGUGCCUUUUUGCCGCCGCUCGUGGAUGAGGUGAUUUUGAUAAGCCUUUGCGAGUUGGUUGCUGCCCCAGGGACAAAGUGUUGCGGUGCCAGCCCAGUGAACGCUCGGCGUGGGGGCUGAGUGCAGCUGGGAAAGCUGUGAUGCAGCUUGGUUCUGGAUCAGCGCUCCGUGAUCAAUUAAAAACGCUUUGGCGCGUUUGGUGCGCCAGCCUAUACUCUGUUCCGUUUCAAGUUUGCAGCCGAAGUGCCCUGCUGAAAGCAGUGCGUGAUUUCUGUAUAUACAGCUCUUACUUACAUUUUAAGACAUAAAUUGUUGAGCGGAGGAGCGAUCUGCCGUAGAAACUCCGACUGCAAGCUUGAUAUGGAACAGACUAUAGUCGUUAUCACUGGAUCGGACAUGUAGAGCUUAGUGAGCGCAAUUAUCACAAGCUUUCUUCAAAUCAUUGGCAUCACUAUGAGUGUUGAAAGUGUUUGGUUUUGAAUCUCGAUUAUCACAUAUGCAAUAAUCGAGAUUCAAAACCAAACACACGAGCCAAGUUUUUACGAGCGCUUAAGGGGUGAAUCAUGAGCUCGUAGAUAUUUUUACUGUAGGGUCGCAAGUUUUGUGUUGCGCUUUGGGGCCUGAUUCAGUUUCCUAUGGGCGGAGUUUGAGUUUGAGCAGUGUGGUAGUUGCGAUGCAGGAUAUCGCAUUGUGACAGGGCGUCCAUUUUUAUAUGCAUCAGCGCUGUGUGAGAACUCGUGCUGCACUACAGUAGCAUAGCAAUAGCAUAUGGUAAACACGCAGCGAGUCUUUUAAUUUUUAUCAUACAUAUUUCGGCGCCAUCUUGCAGUGAAUGUUGAGAUGUUGCUUAGCUCCCGCUGCACCACACAAUGUUUUGUGCAAAUUAUGUAAACAUCAAUAAAGCAGACUGUUAUAAAAAG